AUUUCGUGUUGUCAUCGUAAGAAUCCAUGUUUGAAUAAAAGGUUAUACGGUGAAUUAAAAAAACUUUUGCACUUGACAGUAUAUUGUUAAUAAAAUAGGAUAUGACAACAAAACAGUACAAAAAACUAGCGCUUCAUAAUUCUGUUUGCAACGAUAUAUAUUUUGGAUUUCAAGAUUGCCUGGAAGAGAACCCCUGGGCUAAAUGGAUAGGCAAGUGUACUAAUUUCGGUAAAGAACUCGAAAAUUGUGUAAAACAAAAUCGAGAAAAAAUGAGAGAAAGAAAUCAACAACUUGCUAAUGAAAAACUGGCUAAAAUGAAACAGGGAAAAUUUACUUAACAACUUUGCUAAUUGUAUAUAGUAUUUAGUAUGUAAUAUACAAUUUUUCCAAACUAACAAUUCUAAUUGGUUAUCAUUAAUUGGUUCAAAGUUAAAAAAAUUUUUUUUUUUAACUAGUGUAAAAAAUUAAUUUCUUAACAAUGGAUGCUGAAGUGCUACCUGAUGAAGCAGUUGAUAAUGCUGAUUCAAAAGUGAAAGUGGAAAAUGUCAAAGAAGUCAGUAAAAACGAGCCUGUCAUCAAAAAACCCAAGUUUGAUGAAAACAAAGAAGAAGGAGAUUUUGCAGAGAACAUAGGGCGCAAAGAAUUUGAAACAGAUGAGCAAGUGAGUAAAGAGUGUAAAAUCUUGGAGGAAGAUGAUACUGAUGAAGAAAUAGAAUUCAAUAAAGAUGGACUUUUAUAUUUCAUUGAAAGAUUAACAACAACUGAAACCACUCAUGAACAAAAAUUAGAGGAAUUCAAAGAAUAUCUAGAAGCAGAUCUUGAAGUUGAACGGCAAAAAUAUCGUCAAGAAAAAUUAGAAAGAGCUCAAGAGAAGUACAAGAAUGCUCAAAAAGAAGAAGAAAAAAAGUCGGAUAAUAAAGCAUCAAGUAGCAAAAAGGCUGAUUCAGAUAAUGAAGAUGACAGUAUGGAGCAUGAAGUUCCCGAGCCAGGCUUCAUCUAUCCAUUAGAACAGGAUGCCUCAGAUAUGUUGUAUGAAGUAGAUUUUAAUGAGGAUGGGACUUAUCCUACAGUUACUGAACGUUACCUCACUCCUUAUUACGCUAUUGAUGUUAAAGAGCCUUGUGACGACAUUUGUAUUUAUAUACACAGCAAUCGCGUUUGCAUGAUUACUUUAGCACCAAGUCAUAUCAUUUUUCAAAAAAAUUUAACAAUCGAAAGUUGCAGUUAUCAAGUUACUGAAAAAUUGGAUAGGACGAAAAAUAAAGUAUCCGGCAAAGGUAAACGUGGAGCCCAGCCUAUGCAAAAAAAUUCAUAUCUUUGCCGUUUGACUUGCAGUGAUGGAUCGGUAUACAUGAUUAGGUGCUGUAUGAAUGGGAAACUCUUAGAAGUUAAUGAAAAGCUUCUAGAAAAUCCAGAAUUAUUAAAACAGCCACCUCACUCUGGUGGUUACAUAGCUGUUGUGUUGCCAAAUCUGAAAUAUCACGAUGAGCAGUUGAAAAAACACUUGCUUGAUCAAAAGCAAUAUGAGGAAGCACUGAGUCGGAGAAUCAUGGAAAAAAAAUCAGAUGCAUCUCAAGACAAUGAAAAAAAAGAAGAAAGUGGUGCUACAGAGGAAUUUUUAAAUUUAAAAUCAAAUAAGAAUGAUGACAAUACCCAAAUUGAAGGUACAAACAUGGAAAAACAAGAAAAACAAAAAUUAGAUGACAUAAAAAUGGAUCAAGUAUGUGAAAUGGAGUGAGACUUGCGUACUUGAUCUAAAAUUUAUUUCCAGAAACAUGUUAACAUGAAAAGGUUCUUGUAGGAUUAAGUGAAU